CUUUUAUAUUCUACACGGUAUAAAGCCUUCGAAGAAUCCCUUCCUACACUCUUUCUCUCUCUUCGAUGGAGAAGCGGAGGAGGCAGAGGACGAUCCUCGCUUCUCCGACGACCGAAGAAACCCUCGUCAGCGUCUCGGAGGUCUAAGCGGGGAAUUUCGGCGAUCUUUCAUUCUACUGGUAAAACCCGCGGAUUCUUGUUCUUCUUCGCCUCUUCCCCAUCUUUCCGAGCCGUGGACUUCGAUUAGGAUCUUGAAUUCUGAUUAGGGCGACUGGAGUUGGAGUUCUUGGGUCGGAUCUUUCCACCGUUGUAGAUGAUUCUUGACGAGUUCUUUGAGAUUUUUCUUUUCCGCUGAUGAUGAAUGGGAGAUGCCUGAGUCUAGAAUCCUUGUCGAUGAAUCUUGGUAGAAGUGCUGCUAGUGUUCUGUGAGAAACAAUGCUCCAACAACCUAUAAUUCCUGUUGGACUACAGUGAACUGAACAAACAGAUAAAUAGAAAAUGGGUGGUUGCUGUUGCUGUUCAUCCAGAAGAGCUGAAGCAGAUAGGGCACCAGUUUAUUACUAUUGCCCGCAAGAUUUAGAAGAGCGUGAACCAUUGUCUACCAACCGUGGUACAUCUUCUGUAGUAUCUAGCGGCUUACUUGUUGAUACAAAUUUGGAGACAUCUACUCCAGGCACUUACCGAGCACCUCCUGCACCAUUGCCUUACGAUGUGGGCUUAACAAGUUCACAAACUUCACCUGGAAACUUGGAAAACCGUCCAAUCAAGAUCGAUCAUGUGCAAGCAGCAGAUUCUCAGCCAAUAGGAGAAACUGAUGGAAGGUUAGAAGGAUCAGAUACAUGUCAGACUUUGUCAAAGUCCGACUGCAAGAGUAAAACUGUUUUUGAACAUGAGCCCCCUGAAACAGAAGAUGAACCUUCCAAGGUGGAUGCACCUAUUGUUUCAGUUACUGAUGAUGAAGAUGUUUGCCCCACUUGUCUUGAAGAAUAUGAUGCUGAGAACCCUCGCAUUUUAACGAAAUGUGAACAUCACUUUCAUCUUUCUUGCAUUCUUGAGUGGAUGGAGAGAAGUGAUACCUGCCCCGUUUGUGACCAGAUCAUGGUGAUCGAUCACAUGUCUAGUGAGUAGCAUUGGAUGUCUACAUGUCUACGAUAGUUGAGAUUUUAGUUCUCAGCCCCCGUCGGAGUGGAUGCCAGAUUGAAUGGAAGUAUGUUGUACUCAUCUUUUCAGUAGUAAUUGGUGGAAGCGAAUGCCUCUACGUAGUUUGUUCAUAAGAUAAAGCUUUCUAGUCUCAGGUGUCUAUAUUGUGGGUCAAAUUCUUUUGGAUUGCCUAAAAGAGAAAGAAAGAGGUUAAAGUGAUAUGUGAUUGAAACGUUUGCUUUGUUCUGCAUCAUUCAUGUAAAGUGUUGAUUUUUUUUUUUUUGUUCCUUUGUUUUGGUGAUGCUGAAUAGUUGGCAGAUGAAAUUGGGAGUGUUGUGGUCCUGUGCUUGGAUCAGAUGCAAGGCAAGCAAUUCUUUUGCCCUAUUUUUGAAAGCUACGUUUUUUUCA